UAAAAACCAUUCUUCAACAUUUUAUCGAGGCGAAAGGCAUGAACGGUAACCCAGUCACGAAAGCCGAUUUCAUGAUAGAUACUGUCACUCUUCUCGGAGCCGGCGCGGAUACGACAUACCUCUUAUUCUUUAUCUCUUAAUGGCUUUCUUUCUUCUUUCAUUCGUCUUGAAUCAUUACCCUGCUUACUCUACUCUACUCUAUAGCCCUAUCCCUAUGUCCGGCCCCCCCUUACCCACCCGUCCUUUCCAUCCCUAUCCUUACCCCCUAAAAAAGCAAAUAGCCACUCUAGUGGUAUCAGUGUCAAAACGCCCAAACGACCGCGCUAAUCCCAGGACACCAAAUGAAAAGAAAAAGCAACGCGCAGAUUAUCUCGCCUCUGCUGAGGGAGGAGGGAGAAAAGAGGUUGUGGCGUGGGUAUCACUAGUAUCAGCGAUGGCAGUGGUGAUGCAGAAAAAACCAUCUCCAUCAUCCCCCUUAAUCACAGCUCUCCACGCUCUCUAACCAAGACCUAACGCCUUACCUCAACUCUGGUUCUCUCUCACCAGUUCCUUCCCGGCAUUCGCCCUCGCCUCC